AUUAUUUUUGUAUUUCGAAACUUUCGCGUUGCAUCUUCUCCCAUCAUGAAGAAAUUGUCCAAAAAAAGCUCGAGAAGAAAAGUUAAAAAUAUUAACGAAAAAAAAAAGAAAUCUAAGGCACGCAGUCAUAAAAAGCAACAACUUCAAAAGUCGAAGCAACAUGGUAAAAAUAAGAAGACAAAAACUAAGUCAACUAGUGGAUCUUUGUCGGUGGAUAAAUCGAAAGAGUCGGAAAAGAUGUUGAUAGCAAGGAAAAAUGAUUCAAGAACGGUGAAUUACAAGGAAAAAGCACCGGAAGCUGUAAAAGAUCAUGAGAUUCCUAAUGCAAAUCGCAUUCCCGGAACGACACGGCUCAACGAACCGAAAAACAUCGAGGUCACGAAUCACGAGGUGGAUGAUAAGACGACGGAGCGAGUCUAUAAGAAGUUGAGGGAAAAGAAGAAGUCGGCGGCGAAACCGAAACCAAUCGAUGCGAAAAGCAAGCUUCUGAUGGAUCGAGUGCCGAAAAAACCAUAUCGAUUGAAGAAUAAGCCCGAUGGUAUGAUGUUGUGCGACGAGCCAUCCACUUUCUACCGUACCAACACUUCAAAGAAGAAACUGAAGACGUCUUUACUUCCCGUUGAGGAUUCUUAUGAUCACGUUCGAAAAUUGGAGGACAUUAAGAAGGAACCAGAGCAAGAUGUGUACAAGGGUCAGGACGUCCCCACCUGGGCAGUAAAAAUAGAACCAACUGACGAUGACAUGAAAGAGACCGACGAGGCGAUCACUGUGAGUACCGAUCAUUUGGAGAUGUACCGAAACAAGAAGCUCAGUCUCAAAAGCAUUCCCCCCACGAAACUGGUGCUCAACGAGCUACAACCGUUGGUGGAGUUGAAGAAGAGAGAUGAAGUUCACUUUGAGACCGGGCUGGUGUUCUCCAACACGAUUCGGAGUCUGUUGCUUGUCCAUGAGAGUGCUCGAGCGCUGAGUGAUGGAAAAGUGGAUGAUGAGUAUUCCGACAAGAAGGUCCAGUUUGAUACACAGGAACCGGAAGCAACAUACAUCUACUCGAGAAUCAACCCAAUCGAAUCGGCCAAAGCCGCUCGUUCUGGAAAGUGACACGCCAGCACUUCUACCACCAAUACAACCACAUCGAAUUAGAACUGAACUUGAUUUUGCCUUGAUUUUAUAAAUAAAGUGUGCGUUCAGGGCUUAAUUUAAA